AUGACUGGACGGCAGAAACCGCCGGCCGCGGUGCCGACCACCCGAAAGCCCCAGGCCAAGGCGCAGGCACGAAGGGUGGCGAGCGCCGCCGGGCUCCGUGGGGAGCGAGUGCCCCGGGCAGGGGAGGCGGCCCCCGCGGCCAAGCGAUGGGCUGGUACCUGCAGGGAGCAGGCCCCUGAGCACGACGCUGUGCGCCUGGAGCAGAUGAAUCAGACCCGAGUUUCGUGGGACACCUGCUCGUCUGCAGAGGCGCCGGCCGGCAUCCACAUCGGGGGCCCCACGGGCAGCGGAGGAGCUGGGGGAGCUGCCCUGCCCUCCCCCCAGUGCCACCCUCCCCCCAGGAGAAAGUGGACACAAGAGGAAGAAUCUGAGAAGUCUGGCGGCAGCUUGGGCUUUGGGCUUUUUGACUAA